GGCGGGCAAGGGAACUGACUUUGGUGGGCCAUGUGACCCAACCCCCGUUGCCUGGCAACAAUCUAACUAGGCAAGUUCUCCCGAAAGAUUCGAGCGCACACAGUGCUGGAUAAAUUAAUGUUGCCUUUUGCUAUGAUUUCACCGGAAUUAAUUACCUAACUACUCAUGUGACAUUGACGCGUUGUCCCUGCCUUAAUUUGGAAACACUGGAGGUAUAUUGAAAGUUGCACUUGGGAAGUUGUUGAGAACCAACAAUGCUACAUCGACGCAGCAAGCUAAACUUCACCCUGUAUUUCUAACAUGUUGCUGAGGAGUUGAGGCACACCAGUGUUGUGAACAGGACACUGGUCGCCCAGCCGCAGAUGAGUCCCGCAUCAGAAUCGGAUUGCCAUGCAGACCUCAGAUGAUGCAUAUGAGAAUUUCAUCUUGCGACAUCUCCAACACUAUGGUUUAUUUACGGGUAGGGUUUCCCCUUCGUGUUCUCCAAGAAGAGAUCAGUCUCCUGGACGUGGACGAUGGGCAAUUACCCAGGACUAUCAGUCAGACACGCAUCCAUCACCACCACGCAGCCCUGACAAUAUCACAGGAGAUGAGGAACAAGAUGCCGAAGGGCCAUAUCCUCUGCUGCUGACCAAGCCUGUGAGAACCAGGCAGUUGCUACUGGACUUUGUCAGGGGUCGCCCUAUUCCACGUCUCAGGGAGCCCCGAGACCUCCUUGCCAUCCCCUGCCUCUCCAGCCCUUUCCAGGGGGUACGCUGGCCGGCGGAAUGUGAGGUCACUGUGGAUGAUAUUCAGCACAUAGAAUGGGACCCACCUGAGGCAGAACCUUUCUACCAGUGCACAGGGCAUGAAAGGACUCCCAUGCCAGUCGGGGAUGACAGAGGACGUGUCGUUUAUGCCAUUGAUCCAGCUACAAAGAUGCCUUACUUUACCUGCUCUCGGGUGGGGGGCACCCGAGGACCCCUGAAGAACCCCUCAUGCCCCAACGUCCCGGAGACCUCCCUGUCCUUCGAGUCCCGCUUUGAGAGUGGCAACCUUCAGAAAGCUGUACAGGUAGGGGUCCAUGACUACGAGCUCACCCUCCGCCAUGACCUGUACACCACCAAGCACACGCAGUGGUUCUACUUCCGGGUGGAGAACAUGAAGGCGGGCGUGCCCUACCGCUUCACCAUCGUCAACCUGCUGAAGCCCAGCAGCCUGUACAGCUCAGGCAUGCGGCCCCUGCUCUACUCCAAGCGGGCCGCCAGCGAGCAGGGCCAAGGGUGGACCCGCACCGGCACCAACAUCAAGUACUACCGCAAUAACGUGGAGGAGGACGGCAGGCCUCUCUACUCCCUCACCUGGACACUGGAGUUCCCCUAUGGUGGAGACACCUGCUACCUGGCCCACUGCUACCCCUACACCUUCUCACAGCUGCAGCGCUACCUGUACGCGGUGAUGGCCCGCUCCAGCGUGGCGGCCUACUGCAAGCUGCGCGUGCUGUGCCGCAGCAUUGCAGGGAACCCCGUGUACGUGCUGACCAUCACGGCUCCGGGAGACGGCUCGGAGGAGAGUGCGGUGAAGCCGGCCGUAGUACUGACGGCCAGGGUGCACCCGGGGGAGACCAACAGCUCCUGGAUCAUGCAGGGCUUCCUGGACUUCAUCCUCAGCGACUCCCCGGACGCCUGUCUGCUCAGAGAGAUGUUUGUCUUCAAGGUGAUACCCAUGCUGAACCCUGACGGGGUGGUGGUGGGGAACUAUCGGUGCUCUCUGGCCGGAAGAGACCUCAACCGGAACUAUCAGACCCUUCUGCAGGAGUCCUUCCCUUGUGUUUGGUACACGCGCAACAUGGUGAAAAGGUUGCUGUCUGAGAGAGACGUCAUCUUGUACUGCGACCUUCAUGGACAUAGCAGGAAGAACAAUGUCUUCAUGUACGGCUGUGACAGUCGCCAUGACACCUCGGUGGACCUGCAGGAGCGCGUGUUCCCUCUGAUGAUGAGCAAGAACGCUCAGGACAAGUUCUCCUUUAGUAGUUGUAAGUUUCAAGUCCAGAAGAGCAAAGAGGGCACCGGCCGCAUCGUCAUGUGGAGACUUGGCAUCAGAAACAGCUACACCAUGGAGUCCACCUUUGGAGGAUCCACACUUGGUAACAGGACAGGCACACACUUCACUACACGAGACCUGAAGGCUAUUGGUUUUCACCUUUGCGAUACACUGUUGGACUACUGUGAUCCAGAUGAAAGCAAGGCCCAACAGUGUCUUGCUGAGCUGAAUACCUUGGUGGCUCUGAAGAUGAGGCGGAAACUCGGCCUUGGUGAUAUAGACUUUGAAGGCUCUCUUGACAUUGUCUCUGUGUCCGACUUUGAAUCCAGCACUGGUGGCUCCAACAGUUCAGAGUCAGAUGGCCCUCCUGUUCACCUAAUGAGCAGCGUAAAGCAGAGUCAAAUACAGCCGCCGAAAAAGCAGCUCCGCAGCCGUAAAGAAAGAAACCGCCUGCACCGAAAGCUCACACGCCGAACCAUAUCCAGGAGUGCCCCAAAAAGCACUGACACCAUGGUAACCACUCAACCCCAGCCACAGGAGUCCCAGCCUUGCACUAUGUCCAAGAAAAAGAGUCAGGAUAUUUUGACCAUGGUGAAGACACAGACGCGUGCACGUGCCGAAAUACAUCAGUGUGCCAUCUGUUUUCAGACGAGCGCCCCAAACCAUGACCUUGGUUUUGGGUGCUCAGCACAGAUCCGCAGAGGUGCCAGGAUGCCCCACCACAGCCCACAGGAGAUGUUCUUGCAUACUGUGGAAGCAUAUGAUAUCUCCACAGCUCUACCAAAAUUUUAUCGAGGAGGCCACGUUGCAUGCCCUGGCGCUCAGCCGCGGCCCAUCAGUGGCAGUUCCGUGCCCGUUUCAGUUCACAAAGACAAGCAGGGGCAGGCCCUGCCCAUCCACACUGCCUCCCUCACCUUAAGCCCCAGAUAUGAGGCCUGCCAAGGAAUAACGCGGUACAAACGGCCAGUAAUCAGGAUGGCAUCAAACACCAGGCCUAAUGGUUGGGUGGUGGGGAGUUGCCAGCAUCUCUGUGUGCAUGGGGCCAAAUCUGCGCACCAUGAAACAUCCUGCCCCAAUGACAGGGGGGCUCUAGCCAAAGUCUCCAUCAGGUGCUACAUGCAUGAUGCCGCAGCGUUAGCCCCCAGCAUCUCCAAUCACACCGGAAAACUCCAGACAGAGCAGAAGACUGAGAAAACAGGUCACGUGCACAUGAAGAACAGUAAUAAAAACUUGACCGAAGGAACUUUCAGCAGUAAACCCAAGAUGUGCGAUACCAAUGCCCUCCUCCCUUGGUUGCCCAGCAAGGACUUCAAUGGAAAAAGCUAUGAAUGUUCGGGUGACAAUGGCAUGGACUGUCAAUCUAGGAGAGGCGACGGUCAGAGCCAGAGUCACAGUCCUCGUGUGAUCCCUGCCCCACCGGAGACCAGAGACGGCAGGUUCACCCUAAAACCACUUCUGGAUGUCCACAGAACACGUCUACCAUCUCAAGUAGCUCAGGUUCCAUCGCAUGACACACCUGCAGAAAAUGGCAGCCACCGCAACCAGCAGCAGCCGCAGCAGCUAGAGUGCCACCACAACCUGCUUCACACCAAGUAACACCCAGCAGCAGCACCAGACACAGGGACUGCCAACCAUUACUGUUCCAAACACAGCUAAGUAGCCUACUGUACAAUCAAGGAUCACUUGUUGCCAGGAUGCGGUCUCUGAUGUCCAGUAGGAGUGUCUGUUCAGUUUUUUUAAAUAUAUAUAUUUUCAGGCGAGAUGAACUUGCUUACGUUGAACUUACACUUGAUGAAGUUUUUCUUUGACAUCACGUUUGUGUCCACGGGUGCCUCAGCUCCUGAUGUGUGUAGUUGCGAAGUGGACUUCCAUUUUGGCUUAUGGCCAUUCAGCUAAUUCUUUUAGGCUACAGAGUACAUCAUUCAUGUACCUUUAAUAUAAUAUAUGCAUAUAUUUUCAGACCAAAAGAAUAUUUGUUUUUCAUCCGUUAAUUUAAAAAUAAAAUCUACAAUAUUUUGUAGCCACUCACA